AAUAUUACAUGUCCUUUUUUAGUCAGUUUAAACUGACCAAGUAAUUAUGAUGUUACAGGAGUUCUUCGUGCCAAUCAACACGAAGGGCGAGAUGUACGAAGUGUGUCCCGAGGAGCUGUCCCCUGCUGAAUGGGAUGAUGCAUCGCCAUCAUCAACUCCGGUACCACCAGAGAUCUCAUCACGAGCUCACAGACUACCACAUCUGUUGAGCUUGUGGAAGCUGCCUACCAGAGUGAGGCUGCUGGCCGGCACUGUUCCUAUUGAAAUGGCUCAUGAUGUCGGAGAAGAUCUUCUGUUGCGGGCGGCGAGUACGGAACCAGUGUUGGUGAUGUGUACUCUUCCUGAAUACAGUUCCUUGCCGUCCAGUCCGAGCAAGCAAGUUGACCCCCGAUACCAUGCCAAGGAGACAUUGCAGCUUCUGCCUUUAAACAGCAGUAUAAAGGUCAGGCGAACACAACUCGGCUUCGACAGCGAAAAAAGAAUGUUCCUCUCCGCUUGCCUCCAGAAAGCUCUAACCUUCUGUCAACUUAACGUUGACAACUGGAUAAGGCAGAUCUCCUACGCUAACUCGACUGUUGCGAGCAAAGCAAAGACAGUCGAAGAUCUUAUCAAAGAUGACCACGAACCAGUUAAGUUUGAAAAGGAAAAGAAAUUUACCCUUCAAGGCUUGAAAAUUGACACGUCAAAGUUAUUCGGAAAAAGUGAUAAGGUAUUAAAAGAUAUACCGGAUGAAACUGAAGGUUCUAUUAUAUUUUUAAGUAAAAACGAGCUCGAGCAUAUGAAUUAUGAUGUGUAUAGUGACGACGAGGGUAAAGAUGACAAAAGUGAAGAGAAAGUAGAAUCUGAACAGUUUUCUAAUGACAAAAUGCAUGUAUUCAGAGAAGAUUCUGGUCCAAAGAAAGGAAAAUGGUUCAAGAAUAUUAAACUUUUAAAGAGCACGGAGAAGUUGGAUGAUAAAAUUACGGCAAUCGAAAAUAAUGAAAAGUAUAGAGACGUUAAAGAUCCGUUCGAUCCAUUAGGUGAAAAACAUAGCUCUAUAGAACGAUACCAAGAUAUGGCGAAACUAAUAGAAGACCGAUUUGGUGCGCUUAGGAAAAAUGAUGGAACGGCUGAAAAGAGCCAUUCCUAUAAAAGCCUCACAACCUCCUCGUCGGAUAUGGGUACAAGUCAAUGUAGUUCGAGUCACAAAAAGCCUGUACUGACUAAAUCGGUUUCUGUACAAACCGGUAUGCCUGAUAGCUCAUACACGGAAGAGGAAGACAGUGGCAUUAAUAUGAAACAUGGUCGGAAAAACCUCAGCGUUGAUCAAAUAAACUAUUGUGGUUCUAUGGAAAGUGACUCAAGCUCUGGUAGGAAAUUAAAAUCUCUCGAUGAAAAUAUGCUUAAAAAAUCAUCAGCUACUAAAUCUUCUUCAAACCUCGAAAGGAGACAAAGGAUACAACCGGACUUAAUACCGGAGAAACCAAUGGUUAAAUCUGAAUCUUAUAAUCAAAUACAAAGCUGCGAAGACAUUAAUAUGUUUGGAGCUGGAUCUCUAUACAACGACAGCGACUUCGAAAUUAAUUAUAAACAACAUUCUUUCAUAACCGAAAAGUUAUGUUCUGAAUUUCAUGUUAAAACAAAAAGGGUGCUAAGCAAAUCCACUUCAAACUUACUCCAUCCUAAAAAAUCAACAGACAAAAAAGAAUCUAGUAAUAGCAACAGCAUGCCAACAAAAACCGAACGUUCUAACGACAGUGAAAAACUUGUUAAUUUCCGAAAAAAAAUUGACAAACCCAGAGCGCCUACACCGAAAUCUGAAAUUGAUGAACCACUUCCAGUAGACAUAUCUGAGGAAGAACCUCAAAUCCAGAAGAAAUUAAGACGAUCUAUAUCUUCAAUUCAAAAACGAAAGUUACCUGUUAUCGAAGAUUUACCAUACGGUCAAGUAGCGGAUGCUGUAGACAUCGAAGAAGAAAAGUUAGAUACAGAUUCUAGUACUGAUAAUAUAUAUGCAGAAAUAUGCGCACCGAAUAGUAAUAAAACGAGUGAAGAAGAAACUUACGACUACAAUGUAGAUAUAUUAGCGACAGAUCCUGUGAUAUGUAACGUGAAAAAGGAAGUAAACAGUCGCAACGAUGAAAGAGCGAGGUUGAUGAAUGGAAACCAAGACAAUCCAUUCAGACACAUUGAAGUUGUGGUCAUAGAAAGAUCUACAGAUUUUGAAUUGGACAAUUCAAGUGUUGCUUCGAGUGAUUUUGACGAAACGGGGAGCAAGAACGAUGUGUCUAUAACGAUAGACUCUUGGGAACGUGAUAAAGAUACUAAGAGUACUGAACCAAAAAUCCAUGCUAUUAGAUUAGAAAUAACUAGUAAUAUGGAUGAUUAUCCAGUUGAAAAUCAGAGCUUAGAUAGGACGGAGGUCCAUCUCAGUAAAGAUAAUUCGUUAAGUUUUAGUAACAGUAUCCAUUUGAAUGGUACAUAUCCCAACGAGGCCAUCUACGAUACUUUGAAGUAG